AGGGGGGGUCUGGCGGGGGUGGCCAGGAGGGUGGCAGGAGCAGAGGAGCCGGUUCACCAUGGAAUAUGAAGCCAAGAAAGGGAAGAAGGGCUUUGUGUCUCCCAUCCGAAGGCUGGUGUUCCCGAAGGCUGCUCGCCAGGCCGCCUUCAGGAACCACGUCAGUCGCCGGCCCCUGCACUCUAUGCCUCUGUAUCCUCCUGACUACCUCAUUGACCCCCACAUCCUGCUGUGUGACUACCUGGAGAAAGAGGUCAAGUUCCUGGGCCACCUCACCUGGGUGACUUCCUCACUGAACCCCUCCAGCCGAGACGAGCUCCUGCAGCUGCUGGACACUGCCAGGCAGCUGAAGGAGCUGCCUCUGAAGACCACGCCGGAGCAGGACAGCAUCCUGAGCCUGUCGGCACGCUGCCUGCUGCUCACUUGGCGGGACAACGAGGAGCUCAUCCUGCGCAUCCCCACGCACGAGAUCGCCGCUGCCUCCUACCUGCAGGACGACGCGCUGCAUCUGCUAGUGCUUAAGACUGGUCUGGGCGUGGAUCCGGUGCCGGCGGGCGUGGACGCCAGCCCCGGAGGUACGGGGCGAGAUCCGGGCCCUCCUGGCGCCGCACCCGAAAAGCGGCGGGUGGGCACCGCCGAGCGACGCCACACCAUCUGCAGCCUGGACUGGCGCAUGGCGUGGGGCGGGGGUGCGGGCGCCGAGGCCCGGGCGGCGGGCGGCGGCGGCAGCCUGGAGCGGCAGCGCGCCGGAGCUCGGGCGUCGGGCAGCUGGGAGCGGCGACAGACGUUCAGCGGCAGCUGGGAGCGGCGGCACGCGGGCGGCGGCGGCGCGGGCAAGCCCGGCGGCAGCUGGGAGCGGCGGCAGGCGGGUGGCGGCGUCGGCGGCAGCUGGGAGCGACGCCACCCCGGCCCCAACCCGCUGGAUCCCCAGAACCCCAGCCCCGACGCCUACUGCAACCUGGUCAUCCUAGCUGUGGCCAACAGGGAUGCUGCUGAGGAGUCCUGUGCACUCAUCUGUCAAGUCUUCCAGAUCAUCUAUGGGGACCAGAGCAUCGAGUGUGUAGACCGGGCUGGCUACCACUACAGAUCCACGCCCAAGCGGCCGUGGCUCUCCAGCUGCAGUGAGAGCUGCCGCACAGAUGGGACGUUUGCCUACGACGCCGACUUGAGCUGCUGCAGCUCCUUCAAUGGCUCCCAGGACACAUUUGAAGCAUGUUACAGUGGUGCAUCCACCCCGUCUUUCCAUGGCUCCCACUGCAGCAGUAUUGACCACAGCAGCUGGGCCUUCGAGCAGCUACAGGAUUACAUGGUCACACUGCGGAGUAAGCUGGGUCCCCCUGAGAUCCAGCAGUUCGCAAUACUGCUACGGGACUAUCGCCUGGGGCUGCCUAUCCAGGACUUCUGUGCAGGCCUGCAGAAACUCUAUGGGGACCGUCGCAAGUUCCUUCUCAUUGGGAUGCGGCCCUUUAUUCCGGACCAGGACAUCGGCUUCUUCGAGAGUUUCCUGGAGAGUGUGGGCAUCCGUGAGGGUGGCAUCCUCACCGACAGCUUCGGCCGCAUCAAGCGCAGCAUGAGCUCCACGUCGGCCUCUGCAGUGCGCAGCUACGACGGGGCAGCCCAGCGGCCCGAGGCGCAGACCUUCCACCAGCUGCUGGCCGACAUCACACACGACAUCGAGGCUCUGGCCCCCGACGACGACGUCUACGAGGAUGUCUCCCCAAGCGGAGGCGAUCAGGGUGAAGACAACUACCUAUAGCCCCGCUGCCCGCCUCGGGUCUCGCACACUUGCUGGUGGGACACCGUCCUCUGACUGCCUAGACAUCCUGGGUUCCCAUCUGUGCCUUCUGGGCUUCUGUUCCUACAGAUGGGUUUCCAGGGCUUCAGUUCCUGCAAUACCAAGAACGUCCUGCAGAUGGCUUUACUCUAGGGAGAGCCAGACCCUAGAGUUCUCUACAGGAUGAAGAAUCGCUCCACCUACUGGCGGACAGAAAAGAUUUCCAAUUCAAGCCCCAGCUUUCUGCACACCCGGCCCAACCUCAAAACAAAACCAUUUCCAGAACCCAGAGACCUCUCUUCAAUUUUACAGGCUGAGAAACUGAGAAGUUUUUGUUGUUGUUGUUGUUGUUGUUGUUUUUGUUGUUGUUGUUGUUGUUGUUGUUGUUUUGUUUUUUAAGGAAUGAAUAUGAGGGAAUGACCCUGUUCUUGGAUAUCGCUGCCUAUUUCCACAUCUGUACAGUAAUUUCACCUCUUUUCACAAGUGGUCAUCGGGAUGAAUGGAGGUCAAGACUUUAGUAUUGAGGUCAAGACCUUAGCCUAGCAUGCUGUAGAUGCUCAAUAAAUGCUGUUUCCUUCCACUUGGAA